AUGGCCGAGGCGAAGCGUCCGAAAGUGACGCUUAUCGCAAAGUCCGAUUCCGGUCGCAGCGAGCCAAAAGCUGGAGAUGGUCGUCUGCGACCGGCGCCCGCGUCGCGGCAGGAGCCGAAAGCCCCAACAGUGGCUGUUGAUGUCGAGAUAGAGAAGGUUGUGACGACUGUUGAUCGACUUCGCCCUGCGCCGGCCGUUAACGGGGUGACCAAGUCCGCAACUGCUGUCACCCGUACGGUCCCUACUCCACAGAAAACAAAGGUGGGUGUUAAGCGCACAGCAGCUGCAGCUGGCCUCGCUGAGAGGAAGGGCGCCAGCAACGCUUUGAAGGUUGGCGUGCCACCCCGCCUCGAACUUCCUAAGCCGCCUGCUGUUCCUGUCUCCGCUGCCACUGGCACUUUUGCUGCCACGCGAUCCAGCGACGCGAAUGGCGUCACGAUCACUGCCGCACCUGCAAGAGCUCCUGUCCGACAGAAGCCGGCCGAGCCAGCUCUUCUCUCAUUCAAUGUGGGUGGCCAAAUCUUCCACAUCUCCACAAAGGCGGUGAAAGCCAAGCCAGAGACCCUGCUUGCCAAAGUGCUGGCCAAAGUUGGGGAUGGAGGUUUAGACCGAGUCCUGCAUUUGCCGGUGGAUGUUUGCCCCGACCGCUUUCGCAUACUGCUGGACUGGUUUCGCUACGAAGAGCUCUUCGUCCCGACCACGGUUCCUAUAGAGGCGGUCCUGCGGGACGCGGCACGUCUCGAGCUCCCUGCGGAGAUUCUCGUGAACGGCAUUUCUCGGAGCACACGGACGACCAGGGCCAAGACUGUCGGCCAAAACGUGGUCCUUGGUGUAGUCCAGAGGUGGGAUGCCGAGACGAGGGCCUUACAGAUGCUGAGGCCGCUAAGGUGGCCGGGCUUCAACAGCUUCCUCUCCCAAUUGCUCACUCAGAUUGAGAAGCAUUUCCAGGCGGUCGGGUCUCGGUCUGGCGCUCAUGAGGAUGCCCAAGACGACGAAGCUGCUGCUGCGGAUGAAGCCUUCGACUUUCCGCGCUUUGUGCUCCCGCUGUUUCGGGACGAGGGAUGGGUGGCACCGACGCACAUAUGCAGUUCUGCGCGAGCCCGUGUGCUCGCACUCAAGCUGGAGGAGCUCGGCUACUUGUGCGAGUUCUCCGAUGCGGACCUGCUGGUGAGCUUGCCCUUAAAGCUUCGGUGUGAGCUGGUUGUUACCCCAGGUGGGCACGAGCCACCACCGCCAGGGCCACCAGUGGCAGAAGGUGAGCUGAAAGAGUGA